AUGUCUGACUCUUCACCCGUCUACUUCUGGAAACCCGAUCACCCCGUCUGGGGCCUCCUCUCCAACUGGUCCCCGACCCCCUUCACCGAUCCCACAACCAACAUCACCUACCAAACCCUCGAACACUGGAUGAUGUACCAGAAAUCCCUUUUGUUUGGUGAUGAGAAAACCGCGAACGAGAUCCUUGAGGUUCCGGGGACGGAGCCGGGGCGGGUUCAGGCGCUGGGGAAGAAGGCGAGGGGUUUUGAUUCGGGGAAGUGGAAUAGAAGUAAGUAUGAGCUUGUGCUGAGGGGGUGUCGGAUAAAGUUUGGGAUCUUACCGAAGUGUCGGGACCUGCUGUUGUCUACUGGAGACAGAGACUUGAUCGAGGCAUCACCGAAAGAUAGGGUUUGGGGCGUGGGGUUUGAUGAGGAGACGUUGAGUACGAAGGAUAUCGACAGUGAAGAGUGGGGAGAGAACUUGAUGGGGAGGAUAUUGACGGAUGUACGGGAAGAGUUAAAAGGGGAGAUGAUGACAUAA